AUGGCUCGAGUAGCUGCGAUCGUGCUCGCCAUGUUUGCGGCGGCGGCGUUGCUGGUAAAGCCGGCGGCGGCCGAGCUGACGCGGGUGGAGCACCCGCCCAAGACCGAGGGGUCGCUCAACAUCCUUGCCGUCGGCGACUGGGGGCGGCGCGGGCAGUACAACCAGACCCUUGUUGCCGAGCAGAUGGGGCUGGUGGGGGAGAAGCUGGACAUCGACUUCGUCAUCUCCACCGGCGACAACAUCUACGACAAUGGCAUCGCCAACACCAGCGACCCGCUCUUCAAGGAGUGCUUCACCAACAUCUACACCGCCGAGAGCCUCCAGACGCCUUGGUACAUUGUCCUCGGCAACCAUGACUACACGGGCAACGCGCUGGCGCAGCAAGACCCUGCCAUCCGGGAAGUGGACAGCCGCUACCUCUCCAUUGCCAAGUCCUUUAUCGUCAACUCGGGUACAUUCAGCAAACGAAACCUACUCAUGCAUCAUAUCGGUGCAUGGUCCUAA